UUACCCCUUCAAACACACAUCCAUAUGGACAACCAACAACACCAAACCAUCAUGAGAACAAAUCAAGAAAGUGAUCAUCAAAAUUGUUCAUCUAAUUCAUCCUCUCCUUCACAUGAUUUCUCAUUCACAAUCUCAUUUCAACAAACAAAACAAAUCCCACCUCCUUCUUCUUCUUCAACUACUACCACUUCUUCAUCAUCAUUUGCUAUAGAUUUAUCUCCUGCUGAUGAUAUCUUCUUCCAUGGACACUUACUUCCUCUUCACCUUCUUUCCCAUUUCCCUAUAUCCUCCCCUAGAUCUUCCACCAACUCCCUUGAUGGCUUCACACUUCCCAAGAAAGAUCACUUUUUUCAUCAACAACAUAAAGUACUAUUAGAUGAUGAUACUUGUUGUGAUGCUAAGGGAAAACCAAAGACUAAUAAGUCUUUUUCACUAUUUGGUAUACCAAAAUGGAGAGUACUUAAAGAUCAUCAAAAAGACCAAAACAAAGAAAGAUCAUCAAAACAAUAUAGCAAGAAGAUGAGUCAAGUUGUUAAGAGGUAUAUAAAAAUGGUAAGGCCAUUUUUGUCAUUUAGAAAUAAAAAGAUUAAUAUGCAAUUUCAUUCUUUUUCUGGGAAUUUAUUAAAAGGAAAUAAUAAUAAUACAUGGCAAUAUUCAUCAGCACCAGCUUCAAUAAGAACAUCACCUACAAAUAGUGGUUUACUUGUAGCAAAACCAACAGGAGGAGAUUAUAGUAAUUUUACUAAUUCUUCAUCAAGUGAUAGCACUAUGGAAGAAUUGCAAUCUGCUAUACAAGCUGCAAUUGCUCAUUGUAAGAAAUCUAUUUCAAUGGAAGACUAAAUCAAAUGAGUACUACUUGAUUUUU